AUACAUUUUAUUCCUUCAACAACUUGUAAUCGUUUUAUUUUUUUUCGAAUAUAAAUCCGUUUAAGCGGCGAAGCGAGUAACGCAAUAUCGAUUAGCGCACCAAAAAACAAAAAGACAUACGCGACUCGCAAAGCUCAACGAGGUGUCAACAAUGUCGGUUUGACUUUCGAAUUGAAAUUUCAGUGUCUCCGGCCGCGAUGGCAACAAAAACCGUGGCCACGGCCACAGUCAGGGCGGUGAAACGUAAACUGAUCCCGAGCAGGGCCGCCUUGAUUUUGACCCCAGCAGCGGUCAACAGAGUGAAGGAGCUUUUAAAAGGCAAAACCGAAUAUGUGGGUUUGAAAAUCGGCGUCCGACAAAGAGGCUGUAACGGCUUGUCUUACACUUUGGAUUAUGCAAAGACCAAAGACGCGAUGGACGAGGAAGUCGCGCAAGACGGGGUGCGCGUGUUUAUCGACAAAAAGGCACAGUUGACGCUUUUGGGCACAGAAAUGGACUUUGUCACGGACAAACUGAGCUCCGAAUUUGUGUUCAAUAACCCGAAUAUUAAGGGGACCUGCGGCUGCGGCGAAUCCUUUAGUAUAUAGUCACGUUUUUAGCAAAAAUUGUAAAUAGUAAUUUAUUGAAACACUUAAUAAAAUUGAAAUAAUAAAGUUACUUGUUGCUCGUGAACGGAAGUUUCGCCAGGUUUUUUAGGGCCGUUACAUCCAGGAUUUUAUUCGC